AACAGCAAACAACGGCAACAGCAAGCCUCGGAUGCGCAAAUCAAUGAGGCGGAGAUUCAAGCUACGAGUAGUAUGUCAGAUGCUCAAAUCAAAGCGGAGAUUCAAGGGCUACGAUUGAAUCAAGCAGCACAAGACGAAGCACUCAAGACAGUCGAGCAACUCAACAGACUGCAGCAAGCCAAACCAGUCAAGGCGCUGAAACCAGCAACUACAUGUACCAAUACUACAGACACUGCUGCUGACGCUGCCAAUCCAUUCAUUCGUCGGGUUCUAGCUGAUGGAAGCAGUCAGUUUGGUUUCAAUCUGGCAGGAGUUGGAGGUGGGGUAAGCCUAAUUGGUCCUCCUUGUGCUCCAUUUCCCACUUCCAACUCAAACACUGGUACUACCGGAAGUACUACCGAUACCAGUUCUCCUCAACCAGGAGCUUACCCUCAAGCAGGAUACAUGUACAACCAUGACCUAGAAGAACGAACCGUCAUGAUUGGAGAUUAUGGCAAUGACAAUGACACAAUACACAACAAUCGACAUCCAGCUCCUCAUCAGAGUUCUGGCAACCGUCUUUCCAUACACACAUCCAACACAGAAGGACUCAUUGAAGCUGACCCCAUCACUGAAAGCCGUCAUCUAAACAUGGAAACCGCAGAACCAGUAAAACAACAAGACAUCAUCGACAAGCAAAGAAAGGAAGCUUCCAACAGAACAAGAGAUAUCGUUCUACUCAUUGGAUUCUUCAUCUUUAUCGUUGCCAUUUUGGCUACAGUGUUUACUUUGACCGUCAACAAAGGAGACUCCACACAAACAACACAACAGCAGGACAACAGCAGCAACCUUACUGACACUCUCCAGUCAAAUUCUUCUCCUCCCUGGACUUGGCAAUUGCCUUUUACUCCUACAAACACCACGCUAUACAUCAUACAACAAGACACACAAGGCAUCACACCACAAUACAAAGCAUACCAAUGGAUGAUACAAGACAACUACACACACACAGAAUCACAGCAACCACUACAUGACAUUCUCAUUCGACGAUUUGCCAUGGCCGUAUUCUACUUUGCCACACUAGGACACACAAACUGGAUUCAUCAAGGAGGAGGAACUGUAAAUGUCCAAACCAACCUACCCGACCAGAGCAAUGGAAAUCAAGGAGGAUCCACCACUGAACAACAAGACAUCUCGGGAUAUAACAUCAACUCUGAACCAUGGUUGUCCAACAAUCACUUGGUCUGCCAAUGGUACUCCACUGCCGCCGUUCGCAACAAGGAACCUUGUGAUAAAGAUGGAAGAUUUGUCUAUCUGUCCCUCAUGCAGAACAACCUUGCCGGAACAUUACCUGAAGAAUUGGCCAUGAUGGCCAACACCCUGGAUGAACUAGAACUCACACGCAAUUAUAACAUUCAGGGAACCAUCUUUACACAAAUUGGUCACAUGCAAGAACUGUGGAAGGUACAGCUCUUUAAAAACAGCAUGACAGGAACCAUACCGUCCCAAGUUGGACUGCUAUCCAAGAUCAAACUCUUUGGCCUCUUUGAGAACCAAUUCACCGGAGCCAUUCCUCGUGAAUUCUGGAAUCUCUCUAGUCUGCGACAAGUAGCCGUCAGUCGCAACCAGUUCACAGGCACGUUUCUACUGGACGAUUUGGAUGGCAUCCAGUUUCCCAAUCUGACGGACUUCAAAGUCGCCAGCAAUCGAUUCACGGGAACACUCCCCAGUACCUUGGGACGAUUCCCCAAACUCAAAUUUAUACAAUUUGAAAAGAAUCAAAUGACGGGAGAACUCCCCACGGAAAUUGCGAAUCUGGAACAUUUCAGUAUCCUGGAUGGACGAGAGAAUCAACUGGUGGGCACCGUACCCUUUGUGGAAUACGGACGGUGCAAGAAAAUGAAACGACUCAUGCUGAGUGACAAUCUGUUGGAAGGGACCUUGCCGUCCGACAUGGGUUCCCUCGUGGGAUUGACACAUUUGGAUUUGGCCACCAACUUGUUCGAAGGGUCACUCCCAUCAGAACUGGCUCUCCUUCCCAAGAUCAAAUUCUUGGAUCUGGGGCAAAAUGUGGGGAUCACGGGAACCGUGCCAGAAGAUUGGAAUGCCUUGAAUGAAACUCUGCGUCGUCUCGAUGUGAGAGGGACUUCCAUUUCCGGGACCAUACCCGAGGGGCUCUGUGGCAUGGAGGAAAUGGCAUUUGAUUGUUCGGAAACACUCUGUGGUUGUGGCAGCAAGUGUCCUUGUAACUAGCUAAGUUGUAGUAAGCUCAAAUAUUCAUGUAUUGAAUCGCUACUGUGACUGGCUGGCCGUGGGCAAGUCUCGAGUCUCUCCACUACGAAAGAGUGC